AUGGCCAUGUUUUCGCUUCGAUACAGCGAAGCCUUCCUCCGAGAGCGCUUCGCCCCGCAAGCGGACGCCCUCUCCGAAGCGGCGCGCCGCAGCGUCGAGGUCCAAAUCUCGAGGCCUUGCCUUGAUUGGAGCUUUGGGGACCGGUUUCCUUGGGAUGCUUCCUGCCAGGCGAUGUCAAGGCUUUGCUUGCUGCUACGAGUAGAGUGCGAGUGCGCGAUGACAAGCGGCCCUCCGAAGCCUGAGCUCUUGUACUUGUACCGAGGACGAGCAACUCGGAAGCAGCAGAGAUCAAAGACACCAGAGCGGGACUAUGAACCUGCUCCUGAUGGAAGCGGCUGGUACGUCUACAAGAAGACUAGUAAAUGGAAAUUCCACCCCGAGACUGGGCUUUACCUCCACAUCAAGAGUGGAGUAUACUACAUACAGAAGGAGGGCGACCCGAAGAACUUUCGGAAAAUCGACGACGACGAUGACCCCGUCGUCCGGAAGAUGAAGCAGUCGGAGGAGAUGCGGAGGGCCAUCCAGUCCACCGAGUUCGUCCACUUCGGGGAAGGAGCAGCCGCGGCUGCGGCCCCCCCUAGGGCCAUCCGGGAAGAUGGCGUCCCUGCGGCUCCCGUAGAAAUUGCACCGGCACCGCGGCCUCCGGAGAAGGAGAAGCCGGAGGGAGAACCCGACAAGAAGAUCGAAGGGAGGGUGCGGGAAUGGAACGCCGAGAAGGGCUUCGGCUUUAUCAUUCCCCUCGUUCGGGAGGACGAGGAGGCUCCGAAGAGCAUCUUCGUACACUUGUGGAACGUGGUGGGCAGCACCAGCAAGAACCCCAUCAACCUCCGGGAGGGCUCCAAGGUCCUCUACAAGUUGGGGGAGCAGGAUGGAAAGCCCAGGGCACAAGACGUUGUCAUGCUCGGGAAGGACGGCAAGCCCCUCCCUGUGCAUGCGGGCGCUCAGAACCUGGAGGAGAAAAGAAAGAGCUAUUUCGUCACGGCCGAGACGCUUGGCGUGCGGGUUCAUGCGGAAAGCUGGCCUGGCAAGCAGAUCGAGUUGCAAGACCGAUACGCCCAGGAUGAGGCCAUGGAUGAACUCGGAGUCUACUUCGGCGUCUUUGAUGGCCACGGGGGCGCGCAGGUCUCUGAGUUGGCAGCCAAGAACCUCCACCGGAACAUCUUGUCCUGCUUCCGGCAGAAGGCCGUUCAGCCGGCAAGCCGAGACGAGAAGAUCAAGAUGGCCGUGCGUGAGGCCUUCGCUACAACGGACCGAGACAUCCUCGCGCUUUCAGAGAGGAAGAAGUUCGACUCCGUGGGCUCCACUGCCGUUUGCGCGCUGCUGCACGGCAACCCAAAGCUGGGAACGGCGCUGCGGCUGGUGCUUGCUCACAUCGGGGAUUCUCGAGCGAUCCUCUGCAGAGCUGGGCAAGCGGUCCAGAUCACCGAGGACCACAAGCCGGACCGGAUAGACGAGAAGAAGCGGAUAGAGAGGGCAGGGGGCUUGGUUUUGAACGUCCGUGGGGCGUGGCGGAUCGCGGCCCCGGCCAACCCGCGUGGGUCUACGAAGUCCUCGCGCCGGGAAUACCAGGGCCUCUCCAUCACCAGGUCCUUAGGGGACGCUUGCUUCAAGAACCCGGCCUUGUCGGCGGCCGACCCAGAGGUCAGGGUCCUGCCGAUUUCCGACAAGGACCUGUUCAUCGUCCUCGUUACCGAGGGGGUCACAAGAGUCCUCUCCAACCAAGACGUGAUCGACUGUGCCAGCAAGCAUUGGGCUGACUCGGAAGAAGCGGCAAAGAAUAUUGUGCGCACGGCGUUUCAGGCCGGCAGCGACGAGAACUUGACCGCUUUGGUCGUUCAAUUCGGGUGGGCCGACAAACACACACCGCGGUAUAUCGAAAGGAGACGGCAGAUGGUGGCGCAAGGUGUUGAUGGGGGAAGCCCGGUCAUGAAGCCGACGGCGGCGCCGAGCAAGGAGGUCUUCUCUGAUAAAGCCGUGGAGAAGGAUGAUUUUGACAUGUUUGGCUGA